AUAAUAAAAGUAAUAUUUUUAAUAAUAAGUACUUCAUCUUUAUCAAAUGAUUAGUAGCUUUUGUAGUAAAGAAAAAAAUUAUUUAUUUAGAAACCGGUUUUUCCGGUCCGGUUCUAGAUAAAAACCGAAAUACAUCUAGUCCGAUUUUCGAUUUCCAUAUCAUGUCAAAUCCGGUUCUGGUCCGGUUCGGUCUGAUCCGGUUUUGAACCUGUGCACAGACUGCACACUCCUAUCUGCAGCCACAACCACCAUUGCAGCAACGGACCAAGUAUUUUCUCCUUCUCUAGCUGAAUCAAAACUAGGAGCAAGCUUGAACACAGAUUCACGGAUGAGCUUCUAAUUUGGCAGUAAUGGCCACGAGCUUAGCUGAGAAACUCUAACUUCUAUCUUUGAGCUUCAACUAUGCGACUGGAAAAAUCAGGUGGUCGAUGAUGAGUUUCGUGGCCGGGUCAAAUCUGUCGUCCACCUUGGGACUGAACAAAUCCGCCGCAGAUCUGAAUUUUUUGGCUUAGGGAGACAGGGGUUAGAUCAACUGGGGAGGGGCUGGGAAGAAGGCCGGACCAGGAAGGUGAGGGGGACUAUGAAAGGUGCUGGUAGGGUGGUGGUCGGGUUGGGACAGGAGAGGGAUUGCACCGGGGCUGGACUGUGGUUUGUGAGGGAGGCCGGGGAUGGCAGUGGCAAUGCUGCGGCCAUUGUGGUCAAAUGGCGGUGGUGGCAGUAACCGGAAGAGGCAGGGCGGAGUUCACUGGAUGAGGCGUGGCUGGUGUCACUGUAGCAGGCGGUAGUGACGUCAUUGUGGCGGUGUCGACGUCACUGUGGCAGAGGGGAAAACCCCCUUUUUCUCAUCAUUACUCGAUUCAACUUGCGAUUUUUUUUUUCGAUUUGCGAAAACGGGUUACCAAACCGCUGUAUAUUUUACUUGCGCCAAUCAACUAGUUAGGACUCAACUACAUUAACCGCCAAUGUGCUCUAAAUCUCCGGAAGCAGAGCUUCAAUGGAGUCCUCAAGAAAAUUCAGUAACCCCAUCUCCAAAGCAUCUGCAACACACAGUCUCUUCAUAUCGAUUCUCAUCGCAGCGGCUAUCUUUCUCUUCAAUUUCUCCGACUCAAACCACACCGCCUCCAUCAACACACUUCUUGUUUCUCGCCUUCACUCUGCUUCAACUUACUUCUCAUCUUCCGUUCUCACCUCCGACACUCGUUUUCUUCAAGACGAAGAAUUGAAGGGGGAAGACGGAAUCGGUUCUUGUGAUCUCUUUGACGGGCGUUGGGCUGAAGAUGAGUCCGACCCACUUUACAGACCGGGUUCUUGCCCAUUCAUUGAUGAUUCCUUUAACUGCUUCAAGAACGGCCGACCCGACUCGGACUACACUAGGCUCAGGUGGAAACCCCGGAGCUGUGAAAUCCCAAGGUUUGAUGGGUUAAAGAUGCUGAAGAUAUUGAGCGGGAAAAGUGUAGUCUUUGUGGGUGAUUCUUUGAACAGAAACAUGUGGGAAUCCUUGAUCUGCUCUUUAAGAGAAUCAAUGGUGGAUAAGAACAGCAUGUUUGAGUUCAAGACUGAAGGAUACCAUUCUUUCAAAUUCAAGGAUUUCAGGUGCUCUAUUGAGUUCCUCAAAUCCCCAUUCCUUGUUCAACAGUGGCAGUUCUUAGAUAAUGCUGGGGUGCAGAGAGAAACUCUGAGAUUAGACAAAAUUCAAGAAUCCCUUGGAGAGCACUGUGAUGCUGAUAUUAUCAUAUUCAACACAGGGCACUGGUGGACCCACCAAAAUACCAACCAAGGGAAGAACUACUUUCAGGAAGGCAGCCACGUUUUCAAGAGCAUGAAAGUGGCAGAUGCUUAUGCAAAAGCAUUGAAGACAUGGGCAAAAUGGGUUGAUGCAAAUAUCAACAGCAAUAAUACCGAAGUGUUCUUUCGUGGAUAUUCUGCUUCUCAUUUCAAAGGGGGGCAAUGGAACUCAGGAGGGAGCUGCGAUGGAGAGACAAUGCCAAUAAGGAAUGAAACUCAGCUGGGUCCAUACCCAUGGAUGAUGAGAGUGGUGGAGUCUGUCAUUUCUGGAAUGAAGACGCCUGUGAUUUAUCUCAAUAUCUCAAGAAUGACGGAUUAUAGAAAAGAUGGGCAUCCGUCCAUCUUCCGGCGGCGGUCAGGGAGGAAGGCCGGCCGCCGGCAGGACUGCAGCCACUGGUGCCUCCCCGGUGUGCCGGACUCUUGGAAUGAAUUGCUCUAUGCAACCCUCCUCCUUCGUCACCCACCCUAAUCUGAUUUCUUAAUUUUCUUCUUCAAUUAUUAUUAUUCCAAUAGUAGGUUUUUAUCAGGAGUUAGGAAUUUUAUAUUCUGGUUGGUGGCUCUAUUGUAGGAUUUGUAGAAAUGUGUAAUGCUCCCGGGCAAAUUCACUAAAUUGAGGAUGUUAUCUACUCACUUUUUUUUAUCAUAAAAGAUAUAUUAAAAU